UUCCCGCUGGGACUUCCAGACCUCACCCCCUUUGAGGCCGCCAAGGUUGAAUCAGCAAACGCUGUUUAUCGCACAUGCGUGCGAGUGCUCUUUGCGGCGUACAAGGUCAACUCUAUCGUCAGCAUCGAGAACCCCGCUCGGGCGUGGACGUGGGCUGCCUUGGCUGCCCUGGUGGUGCAAUUUGGACGAGACAAUGGUUGCCCCGACUUCGUUGAUUGGUACUUUGACCUCCAGGAUGUUUUCUUUUCCAUGUGUAUGCACGGAGGCCACCGCAAGAAGGACACACGCCUCAAAAGUUCGCCUCAGGUCUUUUCUUCAUUGGCCGCCCCAUGUGACGGCCGUCACUCCCACGAGUCUUAUGGCCAGAGGCGUGAGGGAGGCACUUGGAAGUUCGACACGGCCGCCGAGGCUCAGUACCCUCGAGAUCUUUGUGUCCGCAUGGUGCAGGCGGCCUCCCAGGCAGUUGCCCCGGCGAUGUUCGCCGACACUAGUCGCCGAUUUCGUUUGGAUUCUCUGGCGGCCCUAGGCGAGCAGACUGUGAAACAUACGCCGCUUAUACCCGAGUACCGCCAGGUCGUGUGGUCCUCACGAGUGCCUUCCGCGGAGUGCAAACUCCUGCCUGACUACUCCAAGGAGCAGUGUGAUGUGGCCAUUCACGCAGCCGAUGCACCUUCCUGGCCAGUGGUUCUGUCAUCAACUGGGCUUCAUGAUCCUGUUCCCUUGGAUACUUCGGCCACCGAGAAGUUGGCGUGGACCCUACUUCAGCGUCAAGAGAGGAGGUUCUUCAGUUGGUUAGCUUGCUGCCCCGACCCACCCAUUCCCGACGACAAGCUGUGGCGACUGGUUCUUUUGCACUUCGCCCCGGGAAUUGUCUUUUCCUCCCUCGCAGUCUUUGCCGACUUCACCAGUCCCGAGCACAAGGACGCACAUAAUGAUCACCGCUUCUACAACGCAAUUGUUCCCCUCUCGGAGUUCCGCGAGGGUGGCGUGCAGGUUGCUGGUCAGAUCCUGCCCGUUGCGUCCGGGCCGUGCUUUCUGCAAUCAGGGCUCCCCCACAAGGUUCUCCCGGCCGUUGGUCAGCGUGUUGUGCUGGUCGGAUUCACCAUUCGAUCUUGGGCCUCCCUCCUCGCUGCCAAC